AUGCAGACCAAGGGCAGGAUACGGGAGGUGUGGAAGCACAAUUUGCACGAGGAGAUGGCGUCGUUGCGAGACCUGGUGGACAAGUAUCCGUAUAUUGCUAUGGACACCGAGUUUCCAGGCGUUGUGUCCCGCCCAAUGGGCAGUUUUCGGGGCAAGAGCGACUACCACUACCAAUGUCUGCGGACAAACGUGGAUCUGCUCAGGGUAAUUCAGAUUGGAAUCACGCUUUUCAACGAAGACGGCGAGACACCACCACCACGAACGGUGUCGGCAGACUCUGCAGUCGAGCUGAGUGGCCCCCUGGGGGCAGCCAUGGCCGGGCGACGGGCCGGGAUGCAGGCGGGUGCGCUGCCGUACUCGUGGCAGUUCAACUUCAAGUUUUCGCUUAAGGACGACAUGUAUAACCAGACAUCGAUCGACUCUCUGGUGCAGGCGGGCAUCGACUUUCCGGUGAUGGAGCGCGACGGCAUUGACCCGGUGGACUUUGCGGCGCUGCUGAUUCCGUCGGGUCUGGUAUGUUUUGAGAGUGUACACUGGAUCUCGUUCCACGGCGGCUACGACUUUGGGUACUUGACAAAAUUGCUACACUGCAAGCCACUACCGACCGAUGAGAUCGAGUUUGACCAGAUCAUGAAGCUCUACUUCCCGUCCACGUAUGAUGUCAAGCACCUUAUGAAGCAUGCCAUCCGGCUGCACAACUCAGGCCAGCUGAUGCCGGCGGAUCAGGCGUCGGCCGAGGUGCUGCAGAAGUUUGAGCACAAGUCCGGGCUCGAGAACAUUGCCGAUGCGUUAAAGGUGAAGCGUGUCGGCGCCGCCCACCAGGCUGGCUCUGACAGCUUGCUCACCGGCCGCGUCUUCUUUCAGAUGCGCGAAAAGAUCUUCCACGGCGAGAUCCCAGACGAGCAGGUUGGCAAAGUGUGGGGACUGAUGGUACCAGAUAUAGCGUCAGUUUCGGGUUUGGGUAGCACGCUCGGAUUCAGCACAGGAGGCGGUGUCGGCGGCCUUGGCAGUGGCAAUGUUGGUGGUACCGGCGCUGGCGUCGGCAAUAACCCUGGAAGUAACGGUGGUAAUGCGGCUGCGGCAGACACGGCCGGCGGCACCAACGGGGUCAGCGGAGCCUCCGCUACGACAGAUGAAACUCCGAACGGAAACGGCACGCCAAGCACGCCACAUACGACCACAGUUGGGCUAGUGAGCACGCCGGCUGCAGGCAGCCACAACACGAACAGCAUGGGCAUGGGGCCUAUGACCCCUGGCGGUGGAGGGGGUGUCUUUGGCAGCUUCGCUUUUGGAGGAAAUCGGUGA